CUAAAAAGGCCCAAUAUAUAUUGUAACACUCCUCCAAUCUCUCAUACUUCCUUUUCUAAGUAGGUUAUCAAUAAUCAAUAACUAAUAUUAAAAUCCUCUUACCAACCUCUAACACUCCUCCUAAUUUAAUAGAUUCUUAAGAGUCUGAGGACUGAGAUAGUUCUCAUCCUUCCCGGAGGAGCAACUUCUUUUGCAGGUGAGCUCUCCCAACCUCUCCUUUGUGUUGCUAUGCUGAUCAACUCUGAUAUAAAACACUCUCCUUUUCCAAUGAUUACAGAAAGAAAAAAAAGAGGAGGAUUUGUUUAGUUUUGAUUUUGCGUUUUGAUUUUGCGUUUAUCUCCGUAUCGAACCGAUCUAUGGGUUACUUGUCGGAAACUAAAGUCGAAGAAUUCGAAAGCAAAUACGACGAUUCGGAAGGCAUCUUCGAGAUGGCAUGGAGUCCUUUCUGGAGCAUCCUCCCUCGCCCAAGAUUUACCUUCCUAACAAGUUUCUCAUUUCUGGAUGAUGAUUUCGAAAGUGAGUGGGAGGUAGGUUGGCGCAGAACGCCGCGAAUCAGUAAAAAGGCGGUUGAUGCGAUGCCAACGGUCGAGAUCGAUCGGUCGAUCAACUGCCCGAUAUGCCUAGAAGAGUUUGCGAUCGGCGAGGAGGCCAAGGAGAUGCCUUGUAAGCAUAAGUUCCACAGGGAGUGUAUCGUGCCGUGGCUCGAGACGCAUUGUUCUUGCCCUCUUUGUCGGUUUGAGAUGCCUGCAGAUGACCUGGAGGAUUCGAACAAAAGCGAUGGCAUUGACGGUGAUGGAGUCGAAGUCGACGGUGAUAGUGGCAGAAGAGAGAGCAGACGUAAUGUGAGGUUUGCAUUCGUCCGCUCAUUGUGGUCUCAUGGCUACGGAAACUCUUACUGGAACGGAAGUGACGGCGGUGGUGGUGAUGAUCAAGUGGAAGGUGACGAUGAUAACGAUAAUGACGGUGAUAGUGGUAGAAGAGAGAGCAGACGUAAUGCGAGGUUUGCAUUCUUCCCCUCGUUGUGGUCUCAUGGCUACGGAAACUCUUACCGGAGUGGAAGUGACGGCGGCGGUGGUGAUGAUAGAGUGGAAGACAACGAUGAUGACGAUGAUGACGGUGUCGGUGGUGGUGAUGGCAGAAGAAUAGAGAGAGUACGCAAGGGGGGGCAAGGAUUCGUGUCGUACGUCCCCUGGCGUUCUCCUCUUUUCUCGUGGUGUCGAAGCAACGAGAGCUUUUAUCCGACAAGACGAUCUUUUUCGUCUACUCCUCGAGGGCAUUUUUCAGGCAAGUUUUCCUUGGAUGCAACAAAGGGCUUUCCAUGCAGAAUUAUUCCUAGUGUUUUCCAAGGAAUGCACUCAAAGAAGCUUGGUGGCUUCCAUGAGCUUGAUGAAUAUAACACACUGGCCAUGAGGACUAGUGGAAAUGAAAGAUGCUACAAAUUAAAUAUGUACAAUGAGAAUUGGGUUAAUCCAUCUGGAAAGAUGGGAGAUAGUUUGUGGCGAGAUUCUGCGUUCGCAACAAAGGAAACUGAUCAAAGUUCUAGUUUCUGAUACUAUGUAGGUGCUAUAAAUAAAGGGAUGUGUGCUUUUGAUUAUAUGUAUUUCUAAUGAAAAGGGUGAGACUACAUUGGCUGCUGUGUACUCUCAGUACCAUGAAUGCAAGGUGUGCUUGUUGUGUGUUCUGUAAUUUGUUUCAGAGGUAUUUGUAUUGUUUACAGUUGCAUAAACUUUACAAGCAUGUGUGCUGCCUUUUGUGUU